CGAUAUUCAAAGGGGGAAAAAAAAAAACUUGGAUGAGAAAGACACAGCCAGCGCACUGCAGACCGUAUUUCAGGGUGCAGAUGCAGGUGCCUGGUAGACAUCCUAGAAUUUUCAAAACGGCCAAGACUGUCUUUUAGGGGACCAUGCUAAGGGACAAUAUGAAAUCUUGGAAUGACAGCCAGUCAGAUCUCUGUAGCAGUGACCAAGAAGAGGAAGAAGAGAUGGUUUUUGGUGAAAAUGAAGACGAUCUGGAAGAGAUGAUGGAUUUGAGCGAUCUGCCUACCUCCCUCUUUGCCUGCAGCGUCCACGAAGCAGUGUUUGAAGUCCAGGAACAGAAGGAGAGAUUUGAAGCGCUUUUCUCCCUCUAUGAUGACCAAGUUACAUUUCAAUUAUUUAAAAGCUUUAGAAGAGUCAGGAUAAAUUUCAGCAAGCCUGACGCCGCAGCCAGGGCGCGAAUAGAGCUGCACGAAACGGACUUCAACGGCCGGAAGCUGAAGCUGUACUUCGCGCAGGUGCAGAUGUCCGGUGAGGCAAGGGACAAAUCCUACCUCCUGCCGCCGCAGCCCGCCAAGCAGUUCCUCAUCUCCCCGCCCGCGUCUCCCCCGGUGGGCUGGAAGCAGAGUGAGGAUGCCAUGCCUGUCAUCAACUACGAUUUACUCUGCGCCGUUUCCAAAUUGGGGCCAGGGGAAAAGUACGAGCUGCACGCGGGCACCGAGUCCACCCCGAGCGUGGUGGUGCACGUCUGCGAAAGCGAAACCGAAGAGGAAGAAGAAACCAAAAGCCCCAAGCAGAAGAUCACGCAGACCCGGCGCCCGGGCGCCCCGACCGCAGCGCUGAGCGAGUCGCCGACCUUCGAAUGCGCACCUUGAGCGCAGGGGGAGCCGCGUCCUCCUGCAGGGCAGCCUGGCCAGCUCGCUGCGCGCCUGCUCAGGGUGGGGCGGGGAGCCCGUCCUUUCCGAGGAGUUCUGUGGCAUGCCCAAAUGGGCACUUGAAAGGAUUGGGCCCCCAGUGUGGCAGAUUUUAAAAAUGCCUCCCACCCCCUUCUACCAGCUUUAGCACUCCUGAUUGCAUAUGGCGUAGGGUACCGAAACCCAAACUAUAAUCACCCAGCACAGUAGCAUUUUUACAAAUUUAAAAAUAGUCUUCAAUUUUAAUAACUGGUGUGGGUAUUUUUGUACUGGUAUGAUAGCUUCUAGCUAAUACAUGGAUGAAAGGUUGUUAUGCAGUAUAUGUGACUUUUUUGGGCACAAAAAGAAACCUGAAAUGCAGAAUAAUUCAUAAAAAUUCAUCCGAUUCACUUUUUUUCUCAAGUAUUGCUUUCGUAAGCUUUGAGGAAGAGUUGCCAAAUCCUUUCUGGUCACCGGAACUCAAUGGCACAGGUCAAGGUGGGUGUGGCUGUCCCUGGGCCGCCUCCUUGGAGCUGUUUCCAGGAACCAUGGCCCCAGAGAUGGGCUGCAGGAGACUGGCUGCUCUGAGGUGGCCAGUGUGUGCCUGACUGACUGUGACUCGGGCAGUGGCCACACGCUGUCAUCGGUGACCACUUGCUGUCUGCGGAGGGCCAGGCUGUCUUCAUGGACCAUUUUUAUGACCACUUUCAACAGUGUAUUAACCACUAGUUUGUUAGCGCUUGCCCACUCUCUCUCUCACUCGCUUGCUCUCUUUCUCUUUUUCUUUAUUUCUUUUCUUUUCUU